GAGAGGAAGUCAGUAUAGAGUACUGAGAAAAUGCUUUGCUGAAAUUAGAGAUCAGACGCCAGCUCUGAGAGUCAGAAGUUUUACAGUGACAUGCUGCUUCUGCUACUUCUAUUGCUGGCAGUUAUCAUCCCAGGGGGUGACAGUGAAGAUGCUGUCCAGGGGCCAACUUCUUACCAUGUCAUCCAGAUUUCGACCUAUGCCAAUAGCACCUGGGCACAAAACCAAGGCUCAGGCUGGUUGGGUGACUUGCAGAUUCAUGGCUGGGACAGUGACUCAGGCACUGCCAUUUUCCUGAAGUCCUGGUCCAAGGGCAACUUCAGCGAUGAGGAGGUGACUGAAGUUGUGGACCUCUUCCGAGUCUACUUCAUUGGAUUCACUCGUGAAGUGCAGGACAAAGCCAAGGAAUUCCAGUUAGAAUACCCCUUUGUGAUCCAGGGUACAGCAGGCUGUGAACUGCAUCCUGGAAAGGCCAUAAGUAGCUUCUUGAGGGGAGCUUUAGGAGGACUGGAUUUUGUGAGCCUCAAGAAUAAUUUAUGUGUGCCUGCCCCAGAGGGAGGCAGCAAGGCCCAGCAAUUCUGUGCACUCAUCAUUCAGUACCAAGGCAUCUUGGAUAUCAUUGAGACACUCCUCUCAGAAACCUGUCCUCGAUAUCUCUUGGGUGUCCUUGAUGCAGGGAAGGCAGAACUACAGAGGCAAGUGAAGCCUGAAGCGUGGCUGUCCAGUGGCCCCACUCCUGGACCUGGCCGUCUGCUGCUCGUCUGCCACGUCUCAGGAUUCUACCCCAAACCGGUGUGGGUGAUGUGGAUGCGGGGUGAGCAGGAGCAGCCUGGCACUCAGCGAGGUGACAUCCUGCCCCAUGCAGACGGGACGUGGUAUCUCCGAGUAACCCUGGAUGUGGUGGCUGGGGAGGCAUCUGGCUUGAGUUGCCGAGUGAAGCAUAGCAGCCUAGGAGACCAGGACAUCAUCCUUUACUGGGGACACCCCACCUCCAUCACCUUGAUAGUUUUGGCCAUAAUAGUGCCCUUCUUGAUCCUUUUAAUAUGUCUUGCAUUAUGGUAUUGGAGGCGCUGGUCAUAUCAGAGUGUCUUGUGAGCUCUCACCCUGUCUCCUUUUCCAGGAUCCCAGAAACUCAAGCUGUCAUCACAGAAAUCAAUCUUAACAUGUUUCAUCAAAUAAUCACCAUAUUUAAUCAAAUCAAAUUCCUAGAGACUGUGAGAGAAAUGAUAAUUCAUAUGCUAGCAGAAAAAUAAUUGAAAAUUGCACAUUUAUUAUAAGGAGAUAUCAAUCAUAGGGUCCACUUGGAUUUCAUGGAUGUCAGAUGUGAGAAAGAAUGUUCCUUGGAAUAAAUGAAAUAAUGUAAAGACUUA